GGCUGGAAUCCUGGAUCUCCGUCUUGAUUGAAUGAUUCCAUCGAAGACGUCUCGGUGGACGUGAGCAAUGAGUAACCUCGUAGGGAUGCGUCGCGUGUCCCGCACAUUCAUUAUUUUCAUAGUCGUCACCCUCUCGCUCUUCAUCUACAUCUCUCUCCCCCGGUCCCAGCUUGAUGUGGCGAUCCCCACAGCUCAGGGUCCCCAGUCACAUGCGCAGGCUGCCGAGCAGGAUGGCGAGCAGUCCAACGUCGUGAAGCCACAGGUCGAGAAGACGGGCCCCGAGCUGCGCGUUCCGGAAGCCGAGGACGCAUCUGGUGAUGCGACCACGGCGGAGGACUCUGUCACCGAGGAGAAGGAGGCCAAGGUCGGCGCCGAAUUGACGCAGGAGCAAUACGUCAAGGCGCACGACCCGGAGCACUUCAAGGAAAUUGACCAUAUCGAGGACCACCUGGAGGAUGGCGACGCCGGGGACGGGCUCCACGAGGACCUCGCGGAGAACUCGGGCAAGACCACCACCCAGAGCCAGUCGGAUCAGGGCAUCAAGGCCGACUAUGUCGCGGAGCACGAUGAGGAGGAAGAGGAGCACUCCGAUGCCUCUGUCGCGGCACCAAUUGAGGGUGCGGGUGAGGAGCAUGAUCCCGCUUUGGUUGAGGACUAUCUGAAGCAGCACGACGGCGAGGAACGGGUGGAUGAGUCCCUGGAGGUUCUUGCCGAGGACGCCACGGAGUCGAAGGCCGACGACUCGUCUGAGGAGACUGUGGAGGGAUCUACCGUCGAUAAGCGGGCAUCCAAUUAAGGGACGAUCUUGCUGAGCAUUAUAAAGACGCACUGCUCGAGAGUGCCGGGCGCUAGCGUUUGCGUCUAGUGAGGCUCGGGCUGUCGCUGCCACAGACGUUUGCAAUGAUUUUGCAGCAACUAAAUCCCGACCAGACUGUCUUGUCUGAACGACAGAUCACCCCCCAAAAUUUCCCAAUCGAGGGAGAGGCGAUAGGUCCACGUCGACCCGUCUGACAAUCGCGACC